AUGCCUCCACCACCCAAGCGCAAGUGGAAUCGCCCCAGACCUAAUAAUGGUGCUGCUGCCAACAACGCAGCCAGCCCUCUGUCGACCGCCGCCGCCCAGCAGCCGAAGCGCCCCAAAACGGCAGACGUCAUACAACAAGACAUGGGUUCUGCCGGUCCCAUCGACGUAAAGGCCAUGUACAGCACAUCUGCUGGAAACACCGAAGCCAAGCGUUUCUCCGAGAUGGCAGGCACACUGGACAAGGCGCUGCUGGACAGUCUGGACAAGAUGGGCUUUGAGUUCAUGUCGCCCGUACAGCAGAAGGUACUCACCGAGCUGCCAAACAUCACGUCCGACUGCAUCGUGCAAGCGAAGACCGGCACAGGCAAGACUGUUGCUUUCCUGUUGCCUGCCAUCCAGAACCUCCUCGCUGGCAAUGCGCCUCCGAGGGGCAAGGUGGGCAUCCUGAUCAUCUGCCCUACGCGCGAGCUGGCGCUGCAGAUUGCGAAGGAAGCAAAUGGCGUUACUGCCUGCUUGCCACGGCGGAUGGAAACCCACACCGCCUUCGGUGGCACCUCUCGUGCUUCCAACCUCAAGGCCUUCAUGCAGGGUAACCCAACCAUCCUUGUAGCCACACCCGGCCGACUCGACGAUAUCCUAGGCGAGGAGGAGGUUCGUGAACGAUUUACCCACGUCAAGACAGUUGUUCUCGAUGAGGCAGACCAGAUGCUAGACGCAGGUUUCGCACCAGCUGUAAAGAAAAUCCUCCGUCGCAUACCACCAAAGAGCGAGGGCUGGCAGGGCAUGUGCUUCUCUGCCACCAUGAACCCACAAGUCAUGGAUGUCGCCAAGUGUGUGCUUUUCCCUGGCUUCACUACACUCUCUACCGUGGAUCCAAACGAAGCCCCGACCCACGAGCGUGUUCCACAAUUCUUCAUUACUGUUCCGUUGGUGACCCAGACUUUCGCAGCCCUCCAGGCGCUGAUCGAGGAAGAGCACAACAAGAACCCCACCGACUUCAAGGUCAUUGUAUUUGGUACAACUGCAAAUGGCGUAGGUCUGUUCUACGAUCUCUACAAGAACGCACUGCCUCAAUUCGAUCUCUUCGAGCUGCACAGCCGCAUGUCGCAGCCAGCUCGAACCAAAACUACGCAACAGUUCAAGAAUGCUACCAGCGGUAUCUUGAUGGCGUCUGAUGUCGUCGGGAGAGGCAUGGAUUUUCCAGACGUUUCACUUGUCGUCCAGGUCGGCCUGCCGUCCAGCACAGAGCAGUACAUCCACCGAGUGGGUCGCACAGCCCGUGCUGGCAAAGAUGGACGUGCUGUCAUCAUUCUCUCUGAGCAGGAAUCCUUCUUCCCAAAGAUCAACAGGACUCUCCCACUCAAUCCUUACCCUGUCGACAUCGUUUCACAGCUUCCCAAGCACCAGCAAACCAUCGAUCGGGCUUUUACCAAUGUCGAAUACGAAGCCAAGGCCAAGGCUUACCAGGCAUUCAUCGGGUACAACAAAACAUACUUGAAGAAGUUGAGACUGACGCCUGCUGAGCUUGUACGUCAUGCAAACGAAUACUCGAUGGUAAUGGGUUGCCCGGAGCCGCCCCUUAUCGAGAAGAGCACAGUCGGCAAGAUGGGUUUGAAAGGUGUUCCUGGUCUCAGAAUUGGCUCGCGCAGGGUUUAA